UAAGAUAUCAGCAUCACAGUCAGAUAGCGAUGUACACAGGGAGAACAGGAGCUUCUGUGUAGGGAGUAUGAGCAUCUUAACAGAGCAGGUCUGCUGGCAGUGUUGUUCUUAAUCUGAGCGGAGAGCUGACGCUUUGGAUACUGCCACCCCAUCAUCAGCUGGACUUGCAAAAUGUCUGACUUUGAAGAUUUCAGCAAACUAGGCGGGCAGGCAAAUGUGUCUGAAAGCUACCAGCUUAACCCCACCAGCGUGAUUGUGUCAGUGGUCUUCUCCCUUAUUUUCCUGCUGGGCACCAUUGGCAACAGCCUAGUGCUCGCCGUGCUUCUGCGGAGCGGCCAGGUGGGAUACAACACCACCAAUCUCUUCAUACUCAACCUGAGUGUGGCUGACUUCUUCUUCAUCAUCUUCUGCGUCCCUUUUCAAGCCACCAUCUACUCUCUGGAGGGGUGGGUGUUUGGCUCCUUCAUGUGCAAAGUGGUCCACUUCUUCAUCAACCUAACAAUGUACGCCAGCAGCUUCACUCUUGCUGCCGUCUCUGUUGACAGGUAUCUGGCCAUUCGUUACCCACUGCGCUCCAGAGAGCUACGGACCCCAUGUAACGCAGUAGUUGCCAUGGUGAUCAUCUGGGGUCUUUCUCUGGUCUUUGCGGGCCCUUAUCUCAGCUACUAUGACCUGAUCGAUUACGCCAACAGUACUGUGUGCAUCCCUGGCUGGGAAGAGCAGAACCGGAAGGUGCUGGACACAUGCACCUUCAUGUUUGGCUACGUCAUCCCUGUCCUGAUUGUGAGUCUCUCAUACACUCGAACCAUCAAGUACCUGUGGACAGCCGUCGACCCUUUGGACGGCAUGUCAGAAUCCAAGAGGGCGAAACGUAAAGUCACCAAAAUGAUCAUUAUUGUCACCGUGCUUUUCUGCAUAUGCUGGCUGCCGUACCAUGUGGUGAUCCUCUGCUACCUGUAUGGAGACUUCCCCUUCAAUCAGACCACGUAUGCCUUCAGGCUUCUCUCUCACUGCAUGGCUUACGCCAACUCUUGCGUCAAUCCCAUCGUGUACGCUCUCGUGUCCAAGCACUUUCGCAAAGGCUUCAAGAAAGUGUUCAGCUGCAUCCUCAGUAAAAAUGGGAGAAAUAAAGUUCAUGUGGUUCAUGUAGCAAACACCGUGCCUGGGUUCGAAGCAGGCUCUACAGAGGUGUCACAUAUGCACGAGGAGAACAUAAGACAGAAUGAAUGUGAAAUGAUUAACAGGCCGAUCGCGGAGCCAAGAGAAGCCACGGUGACACUGAAUUUGCCCUUUCAGCGACAGACUUGACAAGAUACUCAGCUUUGCUGAGUACAGAUUGCCUUAUGUGAAAGACACUGAAACUAAUAUUUACAAAAGAUGUAUCAACUCAUCAUGAUAUUCACAUUUUUGGUGGCAAACAGGAGAGGGGAUAAAAUAAUUCAUGCACAAACAUAUUUACACAGAUAAACACAAAGUAUUAAAUCUACAUCCCAAAAAUGUGUUUGUAUCAUCAUUUAUCACAUCACUCUUUUGUUUAAUACUGCUUCACAUAUUGUCCCAUAUACACUCUGUCUGAGAGGUUUGUAUUUACUAAAAGUAAAAUUCUCAGUCUUGUCUUGUUGUUGUCCUGUUCCCACCAUUUGCCUUAACCAUGGUUUGCACUUAUUUUUUCAGUAUUUGAGAAUCUACAUUAACCCAGCACCUUUUACGAGCAGCACAGAAUGUGUCUCAUAAUGUUACACUAUGUUUCACCACUUCAAAUGAUCCCAAAGAUGCUCAACGGUUGGCGACUCAGCACCAUUUGCUCUUCGUUUGACUCCAAACCGGGUCUGAUGCAGGUUCAGGGUCAUUGUCUUGCUCAUAAACACUAAAGGAUAGGCAUUCCUCUGCAAAGUGAUGCUUCUCCUCCGCCAGUGUGAAAUCCAUCUUGUGCCAGUCAUCACAACACUGCAGUAUUUCGAACACCUUGUAUGCUCUGCUAUUUGAAUCUCUUAUGUAGUCUUUUUCUCACAAAAGCUCAAUCAUGACUGUAAUCCUCAAGGUCUGACUAAAACCUUUUUGACUGGCUUUGAAAGUCGAAUCUGGUUGUCUAACCCUCAGCAGGAGGAGCAACAGGAGGUUAUUUGACAUUUUCUUUUGUAUCUUGCAUGCAGAUUCUGUUCUGUCUUGACAAGGUUAUACUGUAACUAUCAAUAUAUUUACAACAUGGCAUAUUUACAACAUGUAAGAAAACAUUGAAGCAAUUGUGUGCAAACCAGCAUUUAAAAUCUCAGAUUUUGGUUUGAAAUUCGGUGUAAGAAGCUUAAGAAUGAGGUGCCGAAGGGUAUAAAUUUAGUAAAAAGAGAACUUUUAAGAACUAGAACUAGAAUUAGUUUUUGAUGACUAUGACAAAUACUUUUUUCAGUUCUUGAUGGAAGACUCUUUCAGUCUUUUUGGACCCCACAAGAAAACGUUUUUGUGCUUUACUUGUAUUUUGUAAUGAUUGUAUUCAUGGCAUGUUUCUCUAUGAUGUAAAAUAUUCUAUAUUUAAAUGAAUAUGUUUAUCAAUGAGUGCACUUAAGCAUUUAGCUGUGUAUUUAAAAACUUGUGUAUUUUGUGAAUUUGAAAUUCUAAAAGCUGUGAACAUAGUUUGUUUUUUUCUCUCAGUGAAAGCAGGUCAUCAG